UACGCCCCCCUCUUCCCCAAAUCAUUCGUUUACUCCCUGGAGACCUCUGAAGCAAAGCAAAACCCUAGCCCUUCAUUGCCGCCGUAGUGCCCGAGGUCCUCAGCGCCGCCGCCGUUCCCAGGUCCUCAGCGUCGCCGCUUCUUCCUCUUCCCCGUGUCCGGAACUCAGGUAGCUCGUCACGUCGUCUUCAUCUUCGCUGGCUUCUCUGUUCGUGGCUUGGAGCAGCUCGCCGUCGUCUCGCCUAUCGCCUCGUCUCGCCGAUUGCCGUACCUUCCUCCAUCGAAGGAAUUCAGCUGGUAAUGUAGCAACAGUGGCUGCUAGUGUUCCACAGCAUCAGAUCACUUUAUCAUAAAUCACACAACGCCAAAUCACAAUCAGCGUCUCUCUUCUGCUUCUUUGUUCGUUUCGUCUCUCGUUCUUCCGACUGAUUCUUCAGUUGUUCACAACAUGGCCACCGCUUCAGUGGCAUUCAAGUCCAGGGAGGACCAUCGCAAACAAAUUGAGUUAGAGGAAGCACGUAAAGCUGGGCUUGCACCAGCUGAGGUGGAUGAAGAUGGUAAAGAAAUUAACCCUCACAUUCCCCAGUAUAUGUCAUCUGCACCUUGGUAUCUUAAUGCUGAGAGACCUAGUUUAAAACAUCAAAGGAAGUGGAAAUCCGAUCCCAAUUACACCAAAUCAUGGUAUGAUAGAGGUGCUAAAAUUUUCCAGGCUGACAAGUACAGGAAAGGUGCAUGUGAAAACUGUGGAGCUAUGACACAUGAUGCUAAGUCAUGCAUGGAAAGACCAAGGAGAGUGGGAGCAAAAUGGACAAACAAGCACAUAGCCCCUGAUGAAAAGAUAGAAACUUUUGAGCUUGACUAUGAUGGCAAACGGGACAGGUGGAAUGGGUAUGAUGCUUCAACUUAUGCUCGAGUCAUUGAGAGGUAUGAAGCUAGAGAUGAAGCUCGAAAGAAGUACUUAAAGGAACAACAGCUUAAGAAGUUGGAGAAGAGCAACCAAAAUGGGGAGGAGGAUGCUGCAAGUGAUGAGGAUGAAGAGGAAGAUGACCUAAGGGUAGAUGAAGCAAAGGUCGAUGAAAGCAAACAAAUGGACUUUGCAAAGGUUGAGAAGCGUGUGCGUACAACAGGUGGUGGAAGUACAGGAACUGUGAGGAACCUGCGUAUUCGAGAGGAUACUGCCAAAUACCUUCUCAAUCUUGAAGUCAAUUCUGCACACUACGAUCCCAAGACCAGGUCUAUGCGUGAAGAUCCUCUUCCGGAUGCAGAUCCAAAUGAGAAGUUUUAUGGGGGUGAUAACCAAUAUAGAAAUAGUGGUCAAGCUCUAGAAUUCAAGGAAUUAAACAUCCAUGCUUGGGAAGCAUUUGACAAGGGGCAAGAUGUUCACAUGCAAGCAGCUCCAUCCCAAGCUGAAUUGCUCUAUAAGAAUUUUAAGGUCAUGAAGGAGAAACUGAAAUCCCAAACAAAGGACACCAUUGUAGAGAAGUAUGGCAAUGCAGCUGAUGAGGACAAACUUCCAAGAGAACUCCUCCUUGGUCAAAGUGAGAGACAAGUCGAGUAUGAUCGAGCUGGUAGAAUUAUCAAGGGACAGGAGGCAGCACUUCCUAGAAGCAAGUAUGAGGAGGAUGUUUACAUUAACAACCACACUACUGUUUGGGGCUCAUGGUGGAGGGACCACCAAUGGGGCUAUAAGUGCUGCAAGCAGACCAUACGUAAUAGCUAUUGCACUGGUGCUGCUGGUAUAGAGGCUGCUGAGGCUGCAAGUGAUCUUAUGAAGGCUAAUAUUGCCCGUAAGGAGGCUGCUGCAGAGGAUCCUACACCUACAGAGGAGAAAAAGCUUGCUACAUGGGGAACUGAUGUCCCUGAUGAUAUAGUCCUGGAUGACAAGUUGCUAGCUGAGGCCCUCAAAAAGGAGGAUCAAAGGAAGAGAGAAGAGAAAGAUGAGAGGAAGCGUAAAUAUAAUGUCAGAUGGAAUGAUGAGGUUACGGCUGAGGAUAUGGAGGCAUACAGGAUGAAGAGAGUACACCAUGAUGAUCCAAUGAAAGACUUCCUGCACUGAACGUGCAGAGGGCAAAAGAAAUCUGUGCCUCCUUGCGAUAAGUCUGCACAGGAUUGUCACAAUACACAUAUUUCAUAACAAUUUGAUCACCGGUGAAAACUCAUACAGCAAACUCUCUCUUGUUGAUUUGAGGAGCUGUUUAAUUUAGCCAACUCAGAUUCAAGUGCCACUUCUCAGUACCAAUUUAGCAUUACCGGUUUUGAGCUCUAUAAUGAACAGGUCCUGUUCUCUUUUACUUACUGUAUACAACUUUUCUGGUAUCCACUGUUUGCUUCCUGGUUUUGGUUGGCAAUUUUCUUGUAUACAACUCUUAAAGUUGUUUAUUUAAAAAAAGCCAAGUUCCUAGUUGUUUAUAAGUUAUCUUGGAAGUGAUUAUACUCCCUGUACAGAUUGCACAAAAUAUAAGAACUCAAGUCACUAUCUAGCUAUUCUUUGUAAAAUGAGUGGAGGAACUUUAAUUUGCUUUUAAAAUAAUAAAAAUAAUUUCUAACUAUAUAGAGCAGACCAAAAAAUACUUAAUAUGCUAAUCUAAUUCCUUUGAACAAACUAGGGUCCCUGAGCUUGAAAAUUUUUCGUUUGAUGUUAACCGACUUAGACUUAAUUAUUUAAGUCUCAUUCUCUGUUCCUGCAUGUGCCUUCUUUCUUUCUUUUUAUUCGUGCCUGUAUUGUGAGUUUUAACACUGUAUGAUAGGACCAUAGAUUUUUGUAAAGAAUAUAUAAUAGAGAGAGGGCAGUUGAUGUAUAGUGUAACUCAUUGUAGAGAGAAAGCUAUGAUUUUGAUUUCUUCUUUUAUGAUCAAUAACUAAUCACAAAACUUAAUUCCUUUUUUUCUAUAGUUUAUUGCUUUCUAUCUUUUUGAUUCAAGAUAGUUUCACUUAGUUUUCUUGCCAAAACUGAUAAGCAGCAGCUCCAUGACCUGCCAGUUGUAAUGAAUUUUAUUUAUAAUACCUAGCAACCUCUUGAGUAUUUUUCUGACUUCUUUUAUGUUGGUGCAUCGGUUCUUUUAAUCAACAUUACAACUUGAAAGUGAGUCUGGCAUUUUUCUAUUAGAUAAAGAGGUACUUAUUUAUUUGCUAUUCUAUUAAACUUGAAAGUAUCAUGUGUAAUUUAAACCUAUGCUUGCAAAUGAAUCAAUUUCUUGGAGGUGGUAUCCUUGACUCUUCAGGAUCAUUGCCACUUGGACUGCACAAUCAUAUAGAGAACACCUUUCAAACAAAAGUUUUUAUUACAAACACACAUCUAAUGCUUUCUUGACUUUGAUUCUAGCAGGAAAUCGUGAAACAGUAACAAUGGCUAUGAUGAGUAUGAAUUUAUAAUGGUUUUCUGCUUAAAAUCCAACAAUGUUAACAAGCUAAGAAAAAGUGAAUAGUUUCCUAGUCUUGGUUGAGGCCAAGAUAACUCAGAAUUAAAGAUAGAAGGGACUUGUUACAUUGGAGACCAUGCCUUUGGAUUCAAGAAAACUGGAAAUCAAAGAUAAGAAAAAAUCUUGCAUGGGGAUUUCAUUUGACCUAUCUAAAUUUCGAUAGUUAUGGUUUUAUUUUAUUUGAGACUUUUAAUUUGGUCACGUUACAUGUAAUAAUUCUAUAAUUGCUCACUCCAAGUUUUGGUUCCUAGUUCCUACAAGGGGUUUUGUAGUAUGAAAAUUACUAAAAUUACUAAAAUUAGUCAUUCAGAAAGGCAUCUUUUGUUAUAUAAAGUUUGGAUCAUUGGAUGGAAUGGCAAGUUUGUGAAA